AGCAGCUAACGCAGAAUGCGACGCAGGAAGUUCCGCAUUACGACUGCGGAUGAAGAUAACAGGCAAGUGGCUAAGGCUAAUGUUGGCUAACUAAUUAGCAGGAUAGGUCUUUGCCAUCGUGUGUGUUCCAGCCUCAACCAUGGAGCAGUGUGCAUGUGUGGAGCGGGAGCUGGAGAAAGUGCUCCACCGCUUCGUAAUGUACGGCCACCAGUCUGAGGAGAGGCUAGAUGAACUUCUACGCAGUGUCUGUGAGAUACGUGCACAACUAGUUGCUUUUGCAGGAGUACAAGAUGCAGACCUAUCAGUCCUAUCCCAGAAUAUGGCCCAGUGUUGUAAGAAUAUUAAAGAAACAGUGCAGAUGCUGGCAUCUCGACAUAAAGACAUUCACGGCAGCGUGUCAAAAGUUGGCAAAGCCAUCGACAGGAAUUUUGAUGCAGAGAUCAGUGCUGUGGUGGCAGAGACAGUGUGGGAUACUCCAGAAAGACAGAAAUACCUUAGUGAGUCCAUUGUGGAGCACUUGUACCGACAAGGGAUGCUCAGUGUGGCAGAGGAUCUUUGUCAGGAGUCCGGUGUAGUUAUUGACAUGAGUAUGAAGCAGCCUUUCCUCGAACUAAACAGGAUCCUUGAAGCUCUGAGGAUGCAGGACCUCAGGCCGGCAUUAGAGUGGGCCGUCUCAAAUCGCCAGCGUCUUCUUGAACUGAACAGCAGUUUAGAGUUCAAGUUGCACCGUUUGUACUUCAUAAGUUUGCUCAGUGGAGGAAUAGGCAACCAGAUGGAUGCCCUGCAGUACGCCAGGCACUUCCAGCCAUUCGCAUCCCACCACCAGAGAGAUAUUCAGAUCUUGAUGGGCAGCCUGGUCUAUCUACGUCAUGGCAUUGAAAACUCCCCGUAUCGCAGCCUUUUGGAGACAAAUCAGUGGGCUGAGAUCUGUAACAUCUUUACCAGGGAUGCCUGUGCUCUACUGGGGCUCUCUGUAGAGUCUCCACUAAGUGUUAGUUUUGCGUCAGGAUGCAUGGCCUUACCGGUGCUGAUGAACAUCAAACAGGUGAUCGAACAGAGACAAUGCAGCGGAGUGUGGACGCACAAAGAUGAGCUCCCUAUUGAAAUUGACCUGGGCAAGAAGUGCUGGUACCACUCUGUGUUUGCCUGCCCCAUUCUUCGGCAGCAGACCUCAGAGAGCAAUCCCCCCAUGAAGCUCAUCUGUGGCCAUGUCAUCUCCAGAGAUGCACUCAACAAACUCACCAAUGCUGGGAAGUUGAAAUGCCCUUACUGCCCCAUGGAGCAGAACCCGUCACAUGCCAAGCAGAUCUACUUUUGAUACCAUACACUCUCCUCGUCAAGGAUGAAGUUACCUGGAGCUCUCUGAAUGUCCAGGACCCUUUGCUCUGGCCCCUGUCCUCUAUCCCUGGCUUCUUGGCCUGUUUAUUGUAAAAGCAUUAAGGUUUUAUCCCAGUGCUCCUCCGGACGGCCUCGGCAGUCCUGUAACCCACCUCGGACCCUCCAACUUUGCAUAGCAUUCAAGUCCUGCACGGUUGGUUGAACGAAAGCUUGUAGUAGAGUGAAGAGUCGAUUAGGUCGUCUUUGUGAAGAGGCGCCUCUGAAAAGAUCAUAGAAAUUCAUUUACAAAUGCCUGCAGAGUAAUAGGCUUAUCAUAUGUAUUACUUUCUAUUGUUUAGUUUUUUUUUUGUUGUUGUUGCUUUUUUGACUUUUGGGUUGAACGAGUUGAUUUUUUUUUCUUUUUAUUUGAAAGCAGAGGGAUAAUUAUAAAUGGGUUUAGUGUUUGAAGUAAAUGGAGUAGGUAGGCAGAGUCUGCUUUCAGGACGGUGAUAAGCUUGUAUUACUUUUGAGAUAACCCACAGAGUAGCAAACUCCACUGAAUGCUGAUAACAUCCUGGUUAAGGGGGAGUAAACGUGUGGCGAUCUCCCUUUAAUUGAACUCUUGAUUGUGGCUCCUCCAUGUUGUACUAAAGGCCUGAAAGCCACUGCUGGUUGAUGAGUAAAACGAUAAAUUCCU